AUUGAAAGUAUGCGCACGCGUAGUUCGUGUCUUCUUCCUUAACCCUUUGUCUACCAAACAGGUCAACAUUUAAACAUUUCUGAUCAUAACCGUCAAACAUACAUUCUACAUCUACCUGCCUCAUCCAGAUUCGCAUAAAAAAUGUUGGAUCGCUGUGGGAUUGCAUUUGGUUAAUCAAAAUGUGUGGUCAUAGUCGAGAAACACAACACAUUUUAAAAAGUUUGUUGCAUGGCCCGCCGCUACCUUAAUGAGUUGUAUUUUCAGUUCUCAACCUCUUCGGUUAAGACGUACGAAGCUGGUGAACGGAGACGUUGCAGUCCCCAUCACCUUUCCUCUCUACUCCCAAAUUCAGCGUGUAUCAAAGUUGUCUCCCAUCUCACUACCCAGGAUUGUAGCAGCUCAAAGCAGGCCAGCAGUGAUGACCCCCACACCUGCUGGAGCUCCCAGCCCCCAGGCCAGAGAGACUGUUCCCCCCAGAGAGGACAGAACCCCACAGGGUCAAAGUGGACGGCGAGGGCACAGCCACCGCCGUCUGCUCCGGUUCGGGGUCCUGCUGAUGAGUGUCAGACGCAUGGUCAGCAGCCACAACAGGAUGGUCCGACGCCUGAUCCCCUUCCUGUCAACCAUGUGCUCCAGACUGGAGCGCAUGGCCGGGGCUGCCGAACGCUUUGCCGCUGCCAGCAGCCCUUCCUCCACAAACACUCCCUCCAUCGCCCCCUCUUCCCGCCCCUCCUCCAACACACGGCCGGCCGGCCGCAGUACGUACUCCAGGCCACUGGGGAGAGCCACGGCCUCUGCCGCUUCUCGAACCCGCUCCCACUUUCGCCCGGGGUCACGCACCCAUCGCUCUGUGGUCCGUGCUCGGCCAAUCAGAAGGAUGGGUCUGCCUCGUCUCAUGGCCAACCACCACCUGUCUAGAUCCAACCCCUCAGCCCGCCUGCGCCGCAGGAGAUUGGAGGACUGAUGCCUUUUCUCAAGAUGCUGGAUCGAAAGCCACGUGGCUCCCCUUGUUUCUUGUUCUACUGGUUCAUUUUGAUAGUCUCUGGGAUGGUUUCGACUGUUGUGGCACCCCCAGUGUCUCUGCCGUAAAUAAAAUAGUCUGCUCUGAUCUCUUUAUUUUAUUUUUUUUACUGGUUAAUCCAUCAGCGGAUGGUGCACAUAUUGAUAGAAAAUAUAUUAGGUGCAUACAAGAGUUUGUUAGUCAUGAAGAAAACAACAGUGAAAUUCUUGUAACUAUCUACUC